AUGAUCCGCAGCAUUAGCGAUCGUGUGGCACGCGACUCGGCAAGUACUAACGCGACAAUCCCAACCUCUCCCGCUUCCUCUACGUCCUCCGCUUCCUCCGCUUCCUCCGCUUCCUCUGCUUCCUCUGCUUCCUCUCCUAAAGCGAUCCAGGGGAACGCAUCGUCCCGAGGCCGAUCCCUGUCGCGCGUCGCGGCGUCGGAUCCGUCGGAGCGCACCCUCUCCCGCAAAACCCGUUUGAAGGACGAGGACACGGCGACAACGGCCCGAAACGAAGCGACGGAUGACGAGGAGGAUUCGGACGCCGGGUCGGUGUCGAUGAGACGGCUGCGUCGCGAGAUUGACGAUCUGAGGACGCAGCUGGAACGAUGCGUGCGAAUCAACAAGUUGCUCUCUGCGGAGCGCACAGCGAAUGAAGCCACAGCAGCCGCCCGCGUGUUGGCGUCGGAACGAAACGACUUGGCGAAGGAGCUGAAAGCGGUGCUGAAAGCGUGGUCCCAGGCUGAUGACGUGGCAGCGGCAAAGCAAAAGGAGGAACGUGCGUCAGCGCAAAGGACCCGAGUGUCGCUGGAGUGGUCGCGAGCAGUGUUGGCACAGGAAAGGGAGGCUGUGGGGAAGGAGAGGGAGGAGGUGAGGAAGGAGCGAGAGGAGUUGAAGCGGGAGAGGGAAGCGCUGCAGAAAGAUAAGGAGAGGAUCGUCAAGGAUGCGGCGAAGCAGGCGGCACAAGAGGUGCAGAGCGAGAGGAUGAAGGUGCAGCAUCAAGAAUGGAUGAUGGGCAUGCGGCAGCACCAGCACGAUGUGACCCCCGACGGUGUGCUUUCAAGGAGCGUGAGCAUGAGCAGCACGUGCAACUGCCUCAACAGCACAGGAAGCAGCGCCGAGACGAGGUCCAACAACGAGGAAGCAACGGACCAGGAGCCAAGCAAGCAGGGGGGGAGAAGGAGCAGCGGCAACAUCAAGGUCAGCGCAUCUGCUUCACGCAGGAUUCCCUCCUGUCGGUCGGAGAGCGACCUCAGUGCAUGUGGUUCCAAGGCGCAGGAGCACGCACCGACUGGGCUUCCGCACUCUGCGAGCGUAGUCUCCCUCGAGAAGUGGGCCUAA